AUGGCUCAGUUCAAAACCGCGUUGCUGGCCCUCGUCGCCCUGUUCGCAUCCUACGCCCUUGCCGUGUCUCCGCUCGCGGUCCAGGGCUCCGACUUCGUCAACAGUGUUGAUGGCACACGCUUCCAGAUUAUUGGUGUAGCCUAUCAACCGGGUGGCUCUUCGGGUUUCAAUCCCGGAUCUGGCAUCGACCCGUUAAGCGAUGCUGAUGUCUGCCUCCGAGAUGCUGUCCUCAUGCAACGCCUGGGCGUCAACACUAUCCGCGUCUACAAUCUCGAUCCUGACUUGGACCACUCCGCCUGCGCCUCCAUCUUCAACGCUGCUGGUAUUUACAUGAUUCUGGACGUGAACAGUCCCCUGCCGAACCAGUCCCUCAACCGCGGUGCACCCUGGGAGUCGUACACUUCGGCAUAUCUAGAACGUGUUUUCGACGUCGUGGAGGCGUUCAUGCACUUCAACAACACCUUGGGCUUCUUCAGUGGGAAUGAGGUUAUCAACGAGGACUCGGUCCCAGAGGUUCCAUCUUACAUUCGCGCAGUCACCAGAGACCUCAAGGAUUACAUCUCCAAACAAUCUCCACGACCGAUCCCCGUGGGCUAUUCGGCUGCCGAUGUCCGUCCCUUGCUUAUGGGCACCUUGAACUACUUGUCAUGCGGAUUGGACAAUGACACUAGCUCCAAGAUUGAUUUCUUCGGCCUCAACUCCUAUUCUUGGUGCGGCAAUGCGACCUUCCAGUCUUCCGGGUACGACGUCCUCGUUGGUGACUUUGGCAACACCACGGUCCCAGUCUUCUUCUCCGAAUACGGCUGCAACCUGGUCACUCCACGAUUGUUUACCGAAGUCCCCGUCCUGUAUUCCGAGCAGAUGACUCCCGUCUUUUCUGGCGGUCUCAUCUACGAGUACAGUGAAGAGCCCAACAACUAUGGCUUGGUGAAUCUCAACGACAACGGAACUGUGUCGAUUCUGCCCGACUACGACAACCUCCGACAGCAGUACAACUCGCUGGAUGUCAAUGCCCUCGAGAGAGCCAACGCUACGGCAACAUCGCUGAAUCCGCCAGUGUGCGCAGCUGAUUUGCUGGGUGGGUCCAACUUCAGCACCAGCUUUGACCUUCCAACUCGCCCCGACGGCGUUGAUACCUUGAUCCAGAAUGGUGUCUCCGGCAAGUUCCCCUCGGGGACUUCAUCUGUCACGAACACCAAGCCGUCGCAAACCGUGUAUGAUGCCAAUGGCCAAGAGAUCACGGGGCUUGAACUGACCAUUCUGCCCAAUGACGAGAGUAACUUGCCGGGCAACAACACCAGUGGAAGCACACCGAAGAGCACUCCGUCGUCGUCGGCCACGCCAUCUGCCACCACGGGCGGUAGCCAACCCACAAACACCAAUGCGGCUACAAAGGUAGACGAGAGGAGAUUCGGUUCUCUUAUCCUGGGAGUCUUGACUGCCGGUCUGUUUAUGCAGUUGUGA